AUGAUGCGAGGCGGCACACGCAGCACUGCGGCGCGAGUGGCAAGCGCUGUGCAGCCCUCGUCGUUGCCGGCCUCCAACCUGCCAGCGCGGCAAACAAAAAGAGGCUCAUCGCUUUUCUCUCGCGUCCCCUCUUGUUGCGUGAGCUCUUCUCCCUCUCCUCGCUCCCUCUCCAGUCGUCUGUUCUCUUCCUCUUCUUUCGCGGCCGCCCCCUUGGCGGCUGCUUCGUCUUGCUCUCUCUCGCGCGGCUCUGACGCUCGUGUGUGCGGCUCGCUUCCUGCGCUUGGCGCCGUCUCGCUCCGCACCGACGGGCCUGUCUCCUGUCUCUCGGGCGCUAGUUGGGCUUUAUGGGGUGCGACCGAGCAGAGGCGCGGCGUGGCGCGCCUGAAGAGCCACCGCUACGGAGGCGUCGUCGCGCUGAAAACCCGAGCGCCCAAGUCGCCGUGGUAUAUUGAGGCUGAGAAAGAGUUCCUCAACGAACGCGCGCAGGUCCCCGACGCGUAUAUCGAGCGGUGGCAUGGCGAAGACCUCGCCAAGCUCUCGCCGUCGCUGCGGCGCUGCCUGCAUUUGCGCUGCGCCUCGAGCAGCCAACUGCACCAGUGGCGGAAGCUGCAGCUCUGUCGCCUGCUGCAGCGGCGCCCAUUCGACACAGGUAGCCCUGCUGUGCAACUGGCCUGCCUGACGGAGAAGAUCCUGAAUGUACGUGCACAUUUGCUCAAGUUUUUCCGCGACCAGCAGAAGAAGAAAGUCCUCUCCAUCUGGAUCUCCCGCCGCCACCGCCUCAUGAAGUACCUCUACAGGGUGGACUACGACCUCUACAAGCACGUCUGCCAGCAACUCCGCAUAAAGUGUGUUCGCUUCGCCAUCCCUGACUCGAGAGAUCGGCAGCGAGCAAUUAGUCCGAUUGCCGUCGACGGCGACCGGUGCAAGUUCCUCAUUCGCCAGAAGCUGUGGAAAGCGCGAUUUCGUCCGAGGCAGCUGAAGCAGGCCGACGGGAAGGUGGUGCGCUACACGCGCCACCCCAUGGAGCAGCCUUCGAGUGGAUGGAACCUUCCCAAGGAGCACCGGCCGGCGCUGAGCCGCGCGUGGCCGUAUGGUGUGCGCGAAGAGCGGCUGACAGGCGAGUACGUGAUCCACAACCCGACGGCCGCCGGUCUGGGUCACUGUCCGGCGCCGCUGUUCUUCUGA